UUGAGAAGAACUGCAGAUGACAACGCAGAACACUUUCCACCAGAGGUUGUGAGUACAGUGAAAAACAAUUUUUAUGUUGAUGAUUGCCUUCGUUCAAUGGCCUCAGAAGAGGAAGCUAGGAAAAUGGUCCAGGAUUUAACUGCACUUUGUCAGAAAGGAGGAUUCACUCUGUCAAAAUGGGUCAGUAAUAGUCAUGCAGUUUUGCGCUCUGUCAGUGAAGGCCACAGAGCAAAAGACAUGAUGGAGCUGGAUUUGGAUUCAGAUCAACUUCCUGUGGAACGUACAUUAGGACUACAGUGGUACGUUGAGACUGACCAAUUUGGAUUCAAGGCCUCAGCACAAGAGCAACCACCAACCAGAAGAGGAAUUCUUUCAGUGGUCAGCUCCCUCUAUGACCCAUUGGGCUUCCUUGCUCCAUUCAGCAUGAUGGCUAAGUUGUUACUGCAGGAACUCUGUAAAAGAAACCUUGGAUGGGACGAAGAUAUUCCCCAUGUUCUUGCUAAACAAUGGGCUGUCUGGUUGGAAGAUCUCCAAAAGGUGGCAAAGUUCAAGAUCGAUCGUUGCAUUAAGCCUAAUGACUUUGGAAACCCUGUCACUGUACAGCUUCACCACUUCUCCGAUGCCAGUGAGGUUGGGUAUGGAGUCGUCUCUUACUUAAGACUUGAAAGUGAUGAUAAAGUGCAUGUUGCGUUUAUGAUGGGAAAGGCCAGAGUUGCUCCGCUGAAGCAGACAACAAUCCCUCGUCUGGAGCUAACAGCUGCAGUCCUCGCUGUCAAAGUAGACCGCAUGCUACAGAAAGAGUUACAACUUAGGCUGGACAAGUCCGUUUUCUGGACUGACAGCACAACAGUCCUUAAAUAUAUAUCAAAUGAAAGUCGACGAUUCUAUACCUUUGUGGCCAACAGAAUUGCAGUCAUCAGAGAGGCAACUGAUGUUGAUCAAUGGAGAUAUGUGGGGACAAAGGAAAACCCAGCAGACGAAGCAUCAAGAGGGAUGAGGGCAGAAGAUCUCCUGAAUGGAAGGAGAUGGAUGAUGGGACCUGAUUUCCUUUACAAGUCCAGGAUGGGUGGCCUAAAUUAG